AUGCCUUCUGCUACAUCAACAACAACAUCUACCACUCCCAAGAGGUCAAAUACUCCAAACAUAUACCCUCAACGUUCGUCGCGCGCUCUUCGAAGAUCGCACAACAUCGUCUCCACUCCCAACCUCAAGUCCGCAUACGCUUCGUCUUCGCAUUCGCGCGCCGCGCUGCCGCCUAUACCACGCAAAACGUCCCUGGCUCAGCUCACACAGGGCUCUCUCGCCAGCAUACCCGAUGUUUCUGAGAGCUACGCCGUUGAUACUGUCCUGAGCGACUCAUCCCCAAACAUGAUGCCCCCAACGACACCCAGCCGUUCCAUGUCUACGAACAUCUCCCUUGGCGAUGUCGUUGAUGUUCCCGGUGGAAUGCAUGGCGUUGUUCGAUUCGUUGGCCCUGUCCAAGGCAAAAAGGGUAUUUUUGCUGGUGUCGAGCUUGACCAAGAUUAUGCCAGCCGAGGGAAGAACGACGGCGACGUCGAUGGUAUAUCAUAUUUUAACACAACAAUACCUGGCGCCGGUAUCUUCUUACCUGCAUUCAAAGCUCUUGCUCGUCGCGACUCACUUCCUCCACCCUUUCCCAUGACGCCGGGAGGCCUGAGGGCUGGCAACCAAAACUCUCUAAACUUUACUCCUCCGACUCCCGGUCUUCCCAAGUUCAGCGCUUCCGUUGGGCCUGGAGCCAGAGCUCCUAGUCCGCAGCAGAAGCGAGUAGUCAGGACUUCUCUUCCCCGACCUGAUUCCCCUGUACGCCGUCAGCAGAUGACACCUGCACCACGGCCGUCAAUGACCACGCCAGCCAGAACUCCUUCAAGAUAUGGAAGUCCGACACAACCACGCUUCGCUCAGAGCGUUCGUGGCACAUCUGGCGAUCCAAGCAAGAGACCUCUUAGGGUGGAUCGAAAGCCAAGCCAGGGGCCCCGAAGUGCCUCAGCUUUGGGUUCGAUAUCAGGCCUGGAAGAGGAUGUCCCGCCAAUGGGGAUCCAACGAACCGCUACUAACGGUAGCUCUGGGUCUGUCUCGUCAUUCGCCAUGAAGGUCCGACCUGCUUCGCGUAUGAACAUGAACGACGAGGAGAUCGAACGGUUGAGAUCUCAAAUUGAAGACCGUGAUCGCCAACUGACAGAGCAGUCCGCUACACUGGCCGACAUGGAGAGCAGCUUGGUGGAACUGCAGGGGCUCAUGGAGCAAGCAGACAUGCCAGCAGCGCAGCGUAAUAGCUGGGAUAACAAGGACACUGCGCAGCUCCGCCAGUUGUUGAGGGAGAAGAACGACAAGAUCGCCAUGCUCACAGCUGAGUUCGACGCUCAUCGGGCAGACUUUCGGAGCACUAUCGACACCCUGGAGCUUGCCAGUACAGAGACGGAGCGUGUAUAUGAGAAAAGGAUAGAGGAAUUAAUGGCUGAUGUCCGAGAGCUUGAGUCACGGAACCUGGAUGUCGACUCGGUGGCAACCCAACUCAAGCAACUAGAGGAAUUGGUCCAAGAACUUGAAGAGGGCUUAGAGGACGCUCGUCGGGGAGAAGCCGAAGCCCGAGGCGAGGUUGAGUUCCUUCGAGGCGAGGUUGAACGAACGAGGACGGAAUUGCGCCGCGAACGGGAGAAGGUGUCCACCGCCCCUGCAAAUGGCGACAACACUGUAUCUUCAAAAGAGCUUGAGCAGAAGGAUGAUGAGAUUAGAGGUCUCAAGGCUAUCAUCCAUUCCCUCAGCCGAGAUUCUAUACCCGGAGAGCCUAGAGCCCCUGCGCCAAGACCUGGCUCUCUGAUCGCUGAAGAUGUCAUAGCAAGCAAGAUUGCGCGCGAUAACCUCGAGCGACAAGUCGCUGAACUUCAGUCUAUCCUUGACAAGAAGAACAACCGCGAGGACGAGCUUGAGAAGGAGCUUGAAUCGCUCCGUCAGAAUGGAGGAGUAGCCAACAGGUCUUCUCUCAGGGACUCUCGGGAUACUGUUGUUAUGGCACAGGCCAUGGAGAACCGACCAGUUGAGAAUGUCAAGCGAUCCAGCAACGCUACGCACAAACGGGUCAGCACCCUCGACACGAUGCCCGAGAGCGACGACUAUUCCAACUUCACUGAGACUAGCACGCUCUGGUGUGAGAUUUGCGAGACUAACGGCCACGACAUCUUGACAUGCACCAACAUGUUCGGCCCUGACGGUGCUAAGACCAACGGCGAGUCGCAGGACAUCAAGAGAGCCAGCCAUGAGGAGCUCAACCCUCACACCCCAACCGGCGAUGAUGCCCCUGCGCCUCUGGCGGCCUUGAAAAUCAAAGAUGCUAGACCUCCUUCACCCCCCGUCAAGAUCAUGCCCAAUCUCAUGGAAUCGGGUCCUGUCGCCGGCAAGGAGAGUGGCAUCAUGGACCCCGAGAAGUGGUGUGCUCUCUGCGAACGUGACGGCCAUGAUAGCGUUGACUGUCCUUUUGAGGAUGCCUUUUAA